CUUCAUUAAGUCCACUAACCACAGCAUCACAACUUCAUUAAGUCCUCUAAACAGAAUAUUACAACUUUUAAGCUUUUACUAAAACAGUCAGAAAAAGAAGAGAAAUGGAGACGUUCAAUGGCCUCUUGGCAACCAUUAUAGUUAUACUAUCUCUACUGUCUUCUUUUGCAAAUGCAGAAUUUCACUACCAUGAAUUUAUUGUUCAAGAAACCAGAAUAACAAGGCUAUGCAGAACCAAGAAUAUAAUUACAGUGAAUGGACAAUUUCCAGGACCAACUUUAACAGUUCGAAACGGAGAUACACUAUUUGUUACAGUUGUUAAUAGAGCUCGUUACAACGUUACGAUCCACUGGCAUGGAAUUCGUCAAAUGCGAACGCCAUGGGCUGAUGGGCCUGAGUAUGUAACACAAUGUCCAAUUAGACCAGGAGGAUUUUACACAUACAGAUUCACUAUUGAAAACCAAGAGGGUACAUUGUGGUGGCAUGCACACAGCAAAUGGCUUAGAGCUACUGUUUAUGGAGCUUUAGUUAUCUUACCAAAACAGGGUUCUAAUUUUCCUUUUUUACAGCCCCAGAAAGAUAUCCCUAUUCUUCUCGGGGAAUGGUGGAACAGAGACAUUAUUGCAGUGCAAAGACAAGCACAAUUCACUGGAGCAGCUCCUAAUAAUUCUGAUGCAUAUACUAUUAAUGGUCAACCUGGUGACCUUUACAGAUGCUCUAGCCAAGGUACUGUGAAAGUUUCAGUAAACCCCGGAGAAACUGUUCUAGUGAGGGUAAUCAAUGCUGCACUCAAUCAACAACUUUUUUUCUCAGUUGCAAACCACAUGCUUACUGUUGUAGGUGUUGAUGCUACUUAUAACAAGCCUUUUAAAACCAAUGUAAUUAUGGUUGGACCUGGCCAAACAACCAAUGUAAUUCUCACUGCUAAUCGUCCCCCUGGCCGCUACUAUCUGGCAGCUAGCGCCUAUGCCACUGCCAGAAACACGCAAUUUGACAACACCACUACCACUGCCAUCCUUGAGUACACAAAUCUCGUGUCGGGGGCCAAUUCAAGACCUUCGUUGCCUCAACUUCCAGCUUUCAACGAUACAGCUACUGCGACUGCUUUCACUAGCCAAUUGAGGAGCAUUCUUAGUAACAAUGUUAGAGUUCCCAAUCAGAUUGAUGAAAACUUGUUUUUCACUGUUGGACUUGGCUUAGUGAAUUGCGCUCCUGGUCCUAGAUGUCAAGGUCCUAAUAAUACGCGAUUUGCUGCUAGCAUGAAUAAUAUUUCAUUUGUUCUUCCUAGAAGAACUUCAUUGCUCCAGGCUUAUUACCAAAACAUUCCAGGGAUUUAUACAUUGGAUUUUCCUCUUGUUCCACCUGUGCAAUUUGAUUACACGGGCAAUGUUUCACGAGGACUUUGGCAACCAAGAUUUGGAACUAAGUUGCACAAGAUCAAGUUUGGUUCUACUGUACAAAUUGUAUUGCAGGAUACUGCUAUCUUUUCGACAGAGGAUCACCCUAUACAUCUUCACGGAUACCAUUUUUGGGUCGUUGGACAAGGUUUUGGUAACUUCAAUCCUCAGACUGAUACUGCUACAUUUAACCUAGUUGAUCCGCCUGUCAGGAACACAAUCGAUGUCCCUGUUGGUGGAUGGGCAGUCAUUCGUUUCGUGGCAGAUAAUCCAGGGGUUUGGCUAUUUCAUUGCCACAUUGAUUCUCAUUUGGCUUGGGGGCUAGGGAUGGCGUUCAUCGUCGAGAAUGGAAUAGGAGAGAAACAGACUAUGGAGCCACCUCCACCAGAUCUACCACAAUGCUAAGAUGUUGAAAUUGUAGCAAAUUGUCCAUGUUAUUGUUUUGUCUUAAACUUAAGUAGUUCUUAGUGUGUCUGUUUAUUGGUUUUUCAAGUGUGAGCUAUCAGGAUUUUGCCUUUGCUCUAUUAGUAAAGUCUGAAAUUCUAUUGUCUAUGAUUAAUGUUCAGCAUCAGAGAGAAGUAUUGAA